CUGCACGUGCAAAGUGAAAGUUCUGGAGGCUGGACACCAGUGGUCGAUCUUGACUCGAAAGCACUGAUCGGCACUACUGAGAGAAACAUUGUGCUUAGACCUGACGCGUUGCAUGUUGGGAAAAAAUAUAAAUUAAUAUGUCGCGCGAAAAAUGAAGGUGAGUUGUGCCGUGCACAAAGCAUUGUGUAUUCAGAGCGGAAAAAAAUAAUAAGCAAGCGCGAGUUUUGGCCGCGCGCCAGGCUCCAAGUUUGAAAAAAUGACGAGCAUUUCGUUGAUCAUUUAAACCUAACUCCUAACCCAAUUUUCCUUGUACGCAGCAGCAUUUUCUCGUCACUAAUGCAACGCUGGUGUACUGUUUUCGGACAAAAUUAACAUUAAGAAGGUUUCCGAACCCUUUAUUUCCACGAGGCAAGCGAUAAAUUUCGGUGGAAGCCACAUUUUUUCCACAAACCCUCUUUACAUUUUGCAUCCAUGUAAGCGCCCCACUUAAUAUAUGAGCAAGGGAGCCUCACGGGCAGGCAGGGAAAGACUUGUUUUCUAAACAGUGAAAUGCUGAAAAAAAAUGCUUGUCCAAGUAGAAAUAAAUCAACCGAGCCACAUUCUCGCGCUCCUUCUUACAGCCCGUCAUUAUCUCCGCCACUGCAGCCAGCACUGCUUGGACCUAUAAGUAGUGAUCCGCAGAAAGCUGCGCCGUAUGUUUUUCCGCAUUGCCGUUGUGUCAAAACAUAUAGCUAGUUUUGAACUUGAGGCUGAUAAAAGCUAAUUAACCGUUAUAGCAAGUUUGUUUGUUUGUUUUGAUGCCCCAGGGUAGGCUAGCGUAUUCUUCUGAGACCUUUGCUGGGCAAAAUGCCUUUUUACACUAAUGCCUUUUAUUUCCUUUCUACAGAAGGCCUGGAAGGUCGCAGUGAACACCACUUUACAACAAAUAUUCCUCCUCGGAAAGGAAACUGCAAUGUGUCUCCAACGGAGGGGAAAGUGCUGGAAACGCAGUUUAGAAUUGAAUGUUCAGGAUGGCAUGACGAAGAUGGUGCUCUUAUCUAUAAAGUUCUACUCGGAGAGACACUUCUACAGCAUGGACAAGAUCCAAAGUUGCCUCCUUCUCUACUUCCACUGGGCCCACAUCAAAACGACUACACAUACAACUUGACAGUAAAGGUCUUUGAUAACUACAACAGUUUCAGUGAAGAAACCUUGUUAGUGACUGUGCGGGAUGCAAUGCUGACUACGGAAGAAUUGCAGUCCUUGACUUCUAAAGAUGGCUUACUGACCAACAUGGCAAUCUCAGGCGACGCACAGGGUAUGGCCCAGCUUAUAACUGCAGUCUCUACGAUACUUGAUGACCACGAUGCUCAAGAGAAAUUCGACCAGGACAGCUCGAAAGGGGGAGAUGGGGAGCCUAGUUUUGAGGACAGCGAAGCGAAGAAAGCUCGUAUGAAGAUAAAGGAAGACUUACUUGGAGUUCUAGAGGAUCUUGAGCCUGAAUCCACAGACACUGCAGGGCUACUGAUAGAGGCAAUGUCAUCCGUUACCAAUAAUGUCGAGGAACUGUCAAGCGAAGCGCAGGAGAGCAUACUAAGUAUUUUAACAAAUGCUCUAACUACCCUCUCGGCGAAGAAGAGUGCUGAUUCACUAGCUGCCAUAGAAUCAAUCAGCAAGGGCAUGGUAGAAAACCUGGGUAACUUGUUUGGAGCUUCAAAGCAUCGACAAGGUAGUAAUGUACAGCAGAUGGCUCCAUCAAGGGACAAGGACCAAUCAGAAGACACAACACAACAGAUGUCCGAUCUAAAUAGAGACAGUGCUGAAGAAAACAGUAGCCCGACUUACCUUAUGACUUAUAAACCAAAGCACUCGGCUCUAGCAUUUCUACAAGCUCGUAGCAUGACAAAGGCCGCGAUGAAGCUUAUAGACGAUAUACUGAACAUACUCGCAGCAUAUCAAAAGGCUGGCCAGGAGCCUGCGUUGCUUUCGAGUGGUCGCAUGUCUGCACUCGUCUCAAAAGUGGACCAUAAAGCUCUCGCGGGGUCCAGCUUUUCUGUUGGUGGAGGGUCCUUUGUUCUACCUUCUAAUGAGGAUGUUGUAGGAAGUUGGACAGAUGAAGAUUGUUACCUCGUAGCAAAGGGAAUUAAUGCCAAAGACAACCCUUAUAUUUGGGAUAAUUCAUCGUCUGGAGUGGACAGUAACUGCCUUGGCCUUAAGUUUGAAAACUGUCACGGAACGCCAGUCAAUGUCACGCAUUUGCGGCAUCCUAUUGCCAUAACUGUCCCGCGAGAUGAGGCUGGCGAGUUACCAGAGUCGGGUAAUUUUACCGUCGAGGAGAACACAAUGACAACACAUAAAUUACACAUCGAGGACUCCAGUUAUUCAAUCAACGCUGUUGUGCAUCCCGAGGCAGUUAAUUGUACCCACGAAUUUAAGAUCUUUCUUCGUAAAGAUAAAUUUCCAACGACGGAGGCGUUUGACUUCAAUUGGACCAUGAGGGUGAUUCCCGGCAUUGCUGAUUGGAGGGAAGGUUUCCCAUUGUCUGUUUCCAAUUUUCAGUUAAAUCGUUCCAGCUCGGACAAAGAAGUUUACUAUUUGGGUUUGUAUUUAACGCGUCAUGAUGAAUCGCGGACAGACAAGAAAUGCUCUGGAACGAACUACAAGUUGUUCUCAUUUCUUUCGUCUUGCAACUUCUGGGACGAGCUAGAGGAGAAGUGGAAAGUAUCUGGUUGCGAAGUUGCACCACAAACUACCUACUUUUCAACGGUUUGUCACUGCACGCACUUGACGAAUUUUGGUGGCGGCUUCUUGGUUGCUCCGAAUCCAAUCGACUUUGACAAGGCCUUCAGCGGUUUCAGUGAUAUUGCAUCAAACCCCAUUGUGUUUGCAACAGUUCUCACCAUAUUCGGCUUCUAUUUUGUGGGAGUGAUUUGGGCACGAUGGAGAGAUAAGAAAGAUCUGGAAAAGGUUGGUGUCACUCCCCUUCUGUCAAAUGACCCCCGCGACACCUAUGGCUAUGAGAUCACUCUGCAGACUGGAUUCCAACAAAAGUCUAGAACAACCGCUGACGUAUUUAUCCAGUUGUUUGGCACUUUGGGUGAUAGCGAGCCCCGGAUAUUAAAAGAUCCAAAACGCCCCAAAUUUGGACGUGGAGAAAUCGACCAGUUUCUGUUAACAGUACCACAGUCCCUCGGGAGCGUCAAAGAGAUCCACAUCUGGCAUAACAAUGCAGGGAAAUCCCCCGCUUGGUACCUAUUUCGCGUGCUCAUCCGGGACCUACAGACAGAAUCCAAAUGGUGGUUUGUGUGUGAUCAGUGGCUUGCUGUUGAGGAGGGAGACGGCGCAGUUGAUCGCAGACUUAAACAAGCAACAAAAGAGGAGUUGACCAAGUUUAAUAUCUUAUUUGUAAACUCUACCAGGAAGAAUCUGCUAGAUGGGCAUCUUUGGCUUUCAGUUUUUACGCGCCCGCCGAAGAGCACAUUCACUCGUGUCCAGCGGCUGUCCUGUUGCCUCUCUUUGAUGCUAACUACAAUGCUGGCAAACUUAAUGUUCUAUCAAACUGGGGCUGAUGAUACUUCAGCUGCAGACCAGUCAAUACAUAUCGGACCGUUUAUUUUCAGUGUGAAACAAAUAAUGAUCGGUGUACAGAGUAGUUUCGUGGUGUUGCCGGUGAAUAUGAUCAUUGUGUCUAUUUUUCGAAAGCUGAUACCAAAGGAGGACAACUCAAAGUCUAAGAAAUAUGAACAGGUCGAGGAAGAAACAAACUACUCCAAUCCAGAUUUGGCAGACGCUGAGCCCUCUGGAAACGUCGACUCCAAGUCACAAGUGGCCUACAUUGACUCGACUCAAGACAAUCGGGAUAACUCUGUGAAAAAAGUUUUCAACUGGAAAACUCUUUUAAGCAUCAUCAAGAAGGACGACGACUCCGAUUGUGAACAAAAGAAAUCUAAAAAGAAGUUCUUGUUCCCUUACUGGUGCAUCUACAUUGCCUAUGUGCUAGUGGCUGUUUCGUCAUUGACAUGUGGUUUCGUCUGCAUGCUGUAUGGCUUCACCUUUGGAAAAGAAAAGUCAGAGAAAUGGUUAACGUCAAUGUUGGUGUCAUUUUUCCAGUCUGUAGUCGUCAUCCAACCAUUCAAGGUACUUCUUAUUGCAGCUUUUUUCGCGUUGAUAAUAAAAGAUCCGAAUAAAGAAGAAGAACAAGAGGAGACCCCCGAUCCUGCUUUAAACGCUGACGAAGAGUUUAUUGAAACAGGCGCUGAGAGAGAACCACGAAAUAUCAGCUUGCAAAGCAAACCACCGGAUGCAAAGAAGCUGGAAGCUGCAAGAAGACUACGAUUAAAGCAAUGCGAGAUGAAAGCAAUUAUAAAAGAGAUCAUCGCACAUUUCUUGGUUGUUGGUAUUGUUCUGACAGUUGCCUAUGGAAACCACGAUAACAGAUCUUUUGCAAUGAGCAACGAGGUUAAAAACGUUUUGGUGGCUGGAGAUCCAAACAUGAAUUCAUUUGACGUGAUCACUCUGCAGACUGGAUUCCAACAAAAGUCUAGAACAACCGCUGACGUAUUUAUCCAGUUGUUUGGCACUUUGGGUGAUAGCGAGCCCCGGAUAUUAAAAGAUCCAAAACGCCCCAAAUUUGGACGUGGAGAAAUCGACCAGUUUCUGUUAACAGUACCACAGUCCCUCGGGAGCGUCAAAGAGAUCCACAUCUGGCAUAACAAUGCAGGGAAAUCCCCCGCUUGGUACCUAUUUCGCGUGCUCAUCCGGGACCUACAGACAGAAUCCAAAUGGUGGUUUGUGUGUGAUCAGUGGCUUGCUGUUGAGGAGGGAGACGGCGCAGUUGAUCGCAGACUUAAACAAGCAACAAAAGAGGAGUUGACCAAGUUUAAUAUCUUAUUUGUAAACUCUACCAGGAAGAAUCUGCUAGAUGGGCAUCUUUGGCUUUCAGUUUUUACGCGCCCGCCGAAGAGCACAUUCACUCGUGUCCAGCGGCUGUCCUGUUGCCUCUCUUUGAUGCUAACUACAAUGCUGGCAAACUUAAUGUUCUAUCAAACUGGGGCUGAUGAUACUUCAGCUGCAGACCAGUCAAUACAUAUCGGACCGUUUAUUUUCAGUGUGAAACAAAUAAUGAUCGGUGUACAGAGUAGUUUCGUGGUGUUGCCGGUGAAUAUGAUCAUUGUGUCUAUUUUUCGAAAGCUGAUACCAAAGGAGGACAACUCAAAGUCUAAGAAAUAUGAACAGGUCGAGGAAGAAACAAACUACUCCAAUCCAGAUUUGGCAGACGCUGAGCCCUCUGGAAACGUCGACUCCAAGUCACAAGUGGCCUACAUUGACUCGACUCAAGACAAUCGGGAUAACUCUGUGAAAAAAGUUUUCAACUGGAAAACUCUUUUAAGCAUCAUCAAGAAGGACGACGACUCCGAUUGUGAACAAAAGAAAUCUAAAAAGAAGUUCUUGUUCCCUUACUGGUGCAUCUACAUUGCCUAUGUGCUAGUGGCUGUUUCGUCAUUGACAUGUGGUUUCGUCUGCAUGCUGUAUGGCUUCACCUUUGGAAAAGAAAAGUCAGAGAAAUGGUUAACGUCAAUGUUGGUGUCAUUUUUCCAGUCUGUAGUCGUCAUCCAACCAUUCAAGGUACUUCUUAUUGCAGCUUUUUUCGCGUUGAUAAUAAAAGAUCCGAAUAAAGAAGAAGAACAAGAGGAGACCCCCGAUCCUGCUUUAAACGCUGACGAAGAGUUUAUUGAAACAGGCGCUGAGAGAGAACCACGAAAUAUCAGCUUGCAAAGCAAACCACCGGAUGCAAAGAAGCUGGAAGCUGCAAGAAGACUACGAUUAAAGCAAUGCGAGAUGAAAGCAAUUAUAAAAGAGAUCAUCGCACAUUUCUUGGUUGUUGGUAUCGUUCUGACAGUUGCCUAUGGAAACCACGAUAACAGAUCUUUUGCAAUGAGCAACGAGGUUAAAAACGUUUUGGUGGCUGGAGAUCCAAACAUGAAUUCAUUUGACGUGGUGAACAGAAGGGAAGCGUUUUGGGACUGGGCAACAACCACCUUAAUUAAAAGUCUUUUCCCUUCAACUGCGUCGCACGAAUACCCGUAUGUAGGGAUUAUCAAGAGUGGAGACGUUUCUAACGUCUUAGGAGUUGGCCGCAUCAGGCAAAUCAGGAUGAAGAAAGACACAUGCCAAGUUCCAAAGAGUUUCUCCAAGUACAUAACAGAAUGCAACGACGUUUACUCCUGGUCAGAGGAGGAAAGAGGGAGCUUCGGGAUAGGAUGGUCUAUUCAGUCAGAAGAAAACGUGACCGAAAGCAAAGAAACUCGAGAAAUGCAGCCUGCUUCCCCAUGGCAAUAUCAAAGCGUAAUGGAAGCCAGCAGUUUUCCAUAUUUGGGGAAAAUGGCUUCAUAUCGAGGAGGGGGGUUCAUUAUUGAACUUGGCCCUGAUGAAGUCACAGCUUUAAAUGAACUGGAGGUCCUGAAAGCCAAGGAAUGGAUUGACAGAUACACCAGAGCGCUGUUCACCGAGUUAAGUAUUUACAACAUCAACAUUAACCUCCUGUGUGUGGUGACUUUGUUGUACGAAGAGUUACCCACUGGCGGUGGUCAAAGUUUCGUCAAUAUUCAAACGAUCCGGGUUUAUAGAUACAUCGGAAAUUUCUCAGCUGCCCUCAUGAUAUGCGAAGUCAUUUUCGCUUUUUUGCUUUUAAACUGGAUCUUACGAGAUGGAAAGAGACUAUGGAGGGAAAGAAAAUCAUUUUGGAAGAAAGCGUGGAACAUAGUCGACAUAGCUAUCACGGCCCUGUCAAUAACCUCCCUGUCACUGUAUUUCGCUCGCCUAGUUUUCCUAAACUCCGCUGUUGGAAAGCUACGGGAGGAUCGCUCUAAAUUUGUCAGUUUUCAGUACGUGGUUCUCCUGGAUGAAGGGGUCAAUGCCAUGGUUGCACUGGUCGUGUUGCUCAUCAACCUGAAGUUCCUGCGAAUGUUAAGAUUCAACAGAAAGGUCUCCGUUUUGUCCAGUACAAUGAAAGUCAGCGCCAGUAAGCUUGCGAGCUUUAUGUUGAUGUUUCUGGUGAUAUUUCUGGCGUACUGCUUCUUAGUUUACCUCGUCUUUGGCCCUGCACUUGAAGAUUAUCGCUCUUUUAUAAGAUGCAUGGUUUCCAUGAUGUCAAUGGUACUUGGAAACUUUGCGUUUUAUGAUUUGGUCGACGUCAAUGCCAUCAUCGGUCCAGCAGUCUUCUUUACCUUCAUGGUUCUUUUCCAGUUCAUACUCAUCAACAUAUUUAUUGGAAUUCUCUGUGACAGCUUUAACGAAGUUCGUUACGACUCUGAAAAACAAGGGAAUGAAUAUGAAAUCGUGCAGUUUAUUUCCAACCGUAUAAAAGCGUUUGUUGGUCUCUUUGUCGAGCCACCCAUUCGACCUGAGUACAGCUGGCCAAAGAGCGAAUUAGAAAAGAAAAUAGAAACUAUAGAAGAAAAAGCCGAGUCUACUAUGUUCUUCAUGCGAACCUUGUGCGAUGAAGACGUCCGCCAGUUGAGAUGGUUUCAACCAGAGAAAUGGUCAAGAAAGAAGAGCAAAGUAAUGUCACUCGUUCUAAACUCUGAUGCCGAAAUCCUGGAAGAUGAUUUGUGCGACGGAAUAGAGGCAAUGAACGCAGUUGUAGAUAAGUAUUCUGAACACGAAUUAGACAGAAUGAUCGCCGCCUCGCGGAUGAAAAGGAGAAUUGAGUCUGAAGCUACAUCGUUGAUGUCUACAAGCAGGAUGUCUCGUAACGACGAAGAUUCAGAUGCUGCAGAUCCAGAAUCGGAUGAUGAGCUUACACAAGAGAACCUGGGAGAAAACGUGUUGAAAGUGCAGGAGCUAAAAAGCCUACAGGAAGAAAUAAAGGACGUCUUUGAGGAUGGUGUAGAAGAACCUGAGGAGGAUGAAAAAGGAAUCGAAGAAGAUGAAGAAGAAAGCGAGGAAGUAGAUUGGGAGGAGGAACUAGAAUUAGUCGAAGAAAGUCUGCAAAACACCGAGCCAUUACAGAAUGACUCAAGUAACCCUGCUGGUACGUUAAUGAACAGCGCAGUUUCAUUGAACAGUGUGUCUCCUUCACUUACAGAAGUUAGCAUGAGGAAGAGCUCAAUUUCGAUAAGGAGUGUUCCUCCACUAAUAAUCGCGAAAGAAUACGAGGAUACAGAGAACAGUACUGACGAAUCUGGAUCACAACAUGGCGACAUCGAGAAGGACGUUUUACACCAAGAAGAGGAUCAUGACUUCGCCAGUAGUCCGUUACCACCCCAUAGCUUGCCUGAAGCCGAAGUUCCUGAUCGCACUAAAGCUUCUACCCCUUUGGAUAUGUUAGCUGAUAGCACCUCGAUAUUCAUACCAGAAUCAGACGAGAGCACGGAAGAAGGUUCUAGUGAUAAUGAGGACUUCAUCAUGGACGGAAGAGUACUGCGUGUCCUACCAAGUUCCCAGAGCGAUGCAUAAUGUUUAAAUUAAAAGGUUACUGUUACUGCUCAAUUUCCGCAUUAUAGUUAACCCGAAUCUCGCAACGCACCUGCCAAGUAUAUAGAAAUCACUCAGAUGAUAACGCCAUGAUAACCAGACUUGGAACACCAAAAUAUUUAUAUGAAAUAAUAGCCGCUUAUCGCAGUAAGCGAAAGCAGUGCAGAGAUACGGAAGAGGUCUUUAAAGUGGCCACGAGUCAGAAUGAGUGGUGUGACUAAUUGCUUUUUCCAGCUAAAUAGUGCCAGGAUAGUAGCCUGUAAAUGCAGCGGCCCCUCGUGGCACUUGGCCGGUUUGGUGUUCGUGAGAGAACGAUUUAUAGCUUAAAAUGUCACGCUGAUCGGCUGGGAUAAACUUGAUCUCCAAUCUCUGUUCCGCGACAGGGGUGCCGGUCUGGAGCGAUAAUGAAGGAAGCAGUGUUCGCGGGUGAAUAGGAUAAACCAGCGAUGGUGAUGGCGAGAAAAACCCACUGACUUUCUUUAUUGUAAUAGUCAAGGCUCUGCUACUGAUACCAACCUGAUACCAGCCCGCUUGAAGGGCUACCCUGUUUAAAUAACGUUGGUUAACUUUACUUCACUUUACUAGAAUUUAGUGGGUACUUAAAUUGUAACCUUACGGUCAGUAUUUCUUGAAAAAAAUGAAUAUGAAUUUCCCAGAAAGCUUAUGAGAAAAUGGCUGCGUAUAUUUUAA